AUGCCUCUGCUGGCCCCGCGACGAUGGCUUGUCCCUCAGACCUCUUCAGCUCCAAAUGCUCUCUUGUCCCGUUUCGCAGUCGCUCACGCCAAAGCAAAAGGCAAGAGAUCAAUUGUGAAUAGACCCCCGCCUCAGAUACAGCCCUCGCCAUUCGCUGCCGCCACAAUCAUUCCUCACUCGGUCAACCAAGAUGAGCGAACGCUGCUCAGUCACGUACGGUCUGUAGGUCAGCACAGAGCCAAAGAGAAACUAUGUGUCAUUCUUGUCACACCGUCCUUCGCCUCAAAGUUGCUCGACGAUGGGUUCAUGGGCAAGUUCCUCUAUCGCGUUUUCAACAAGACUAUCGUCAAACUCAAGGCAAAGAGCAUUUUUAAUAUGCGGAUCGAGGCAUUGUGUGCUGUGGUGGACAAGCUGCCCGUUGGUCGACCACUUACGGCACUAGACAACCUCUACUCUGAAGGCGAAGCCCGUGACUACGAGCUGCCUGUCGCUGCAACCGGAUUCGAAGGCUUUGCCUAUGUUUCCCUCCCAGCCGCAUACAGUGCACCAUCGAAUCUACAUUUACCACCAGUAUCCACAUGCCCAGGUGCAAUCGAUUUCGUUACGUCGGCGGGCCGUCCGAACAGUUCAGAACAUGGCAAGGCUUUGCCAGACUACGAGGUGCUGCGCCUGCCACUAGCAAAUACUAUCUUCCAGACUGGUACCGCAACCACUAUGUUCCGCUUAUGCUACGAGACCCAAGCGACUGGACCCGUUCUACACAAGGUGUCGAGGGAAAAGCUUUCGCACUAUCAAGUUCGUGUCAACGCACAUCUUGAAGGCCGUAAGAUCAAAAACGGCAUCCCAGGCUUGGUCACUUCCUUGAGCAUUCCCCUUCUGCCUUUGACCAUGCCCCGACAUGUCAGUGGAUGUAUGGGCAAUAUCAUCCGUCGCAUCAUUGAUAGCAAAGGUGACGAAGUGACGGCCUCGUCAGAGCUCGAGGAAGUGGUUCCAAAGUUCUUCCAAGCCCGAGGUGAACCUGCACAAGCCACAACAGCCUGGGCACUAGUUGUACCUUCUCAGUUGAAACCGUUAGUCUCCAGUUCGACGAAGUACUGGCUAGACCGAAACGGAGACGUAGGGGCCGACUAUCAGUGGGAGAGUCUAUGGAAAAGUGACCCACCUGUGUGGUCCAAUGCUGUAGCAGACGCCAUCGCUCGAGGUGCUCGACUCCACCGUGUGCUGAGCGGAGGCGGUGGAUGGGGAGAGAAAGCUGGUCUCUUGUCGCUGGAUCCUGCUCCAGUUACCGUUCCUAGCGAAACGUCUGGUACAGAGGAGUUGCCGAGCACACCUGCUGAUCCUGAGGACUUUGCUUCUACUCUCACACCCGUUAUAAAUGACGGUGAUUUGAUACAAUUCUUCAUACAACCAUGGUCACAUUUAUCUGCAGAGGCUGCACGAUACGACACUGAAGAGCAAAUCAAGGCGAUACCUGAGGAUCGUGCUGUGGGCUGGGAGCUCGGCACAGUCCCAAGCACAGCUGAUUCCAUCCCCGGGAGGUCUUGGCAGCAUGCGGAACCAGUUUCAUCAGGAGCGUCGAUCUUCAAACAUAGUUUCGGUGCUUUGACCGAAGGACCACUAACACUUACAAAGCGUAUCUUGAAAGGUGCCUUGGUUGACACAUCGGUCACUACGACCAUCGAUGUGCCUUUUGCUCGGUUUUGGAAAUUAGAUAUCGAGAGGCCCAAGACACCAAAGAAGAGUAGAGAUAAAAACAAGCUCAAGGCGGUGAGCACUGCAUUGAAGCAGCUCGAUAACGAAACUACGGGAUUUCAAAGGGAAGAUAGACAAAAUGUAGAUGAGGAUGGUGCUCCCCAAGACCCACCACCUCUCACUCCCUUCAAGGUACCUAAUUCAGUACACACCAAAAACUUGGGGGCAAUCGGGAGCGGUCCACACCAAUCUCAGCAACUCCAAUCUAGACAGGAGGAAUGUCUUCAAGCCUGGGACAUUCACCAAGCCAAAAAGGAUGAAACUUCCCAACUGCCAGUGCAUCGCGUUCUCUCUUCGAACGUAUUAGAAGCAAGUCGCCUGGAAGAAGCAAGUCGCUUGGAAAGGAGCCCAAGGAGCCCAAGAAGCCCACUCUACAAGAAGUUGAAAGCAAGGCAUCGAGGGCUGCAUCGACAUCUUAUCCGCUUGACAGAGGAAUACAACGCCGCCAUGCAAAGCCUCGCAGAUCGACACAUCACCCUGUCACAUCUAGCACACGUCGUACCUCCAUUUCACAUCGAUCAUGAGUCUCUCAACCUUGGUGCUGACUCUCUACAAUCCACGUCCGUCGACUUGACUAAAGACGACGAUUCCGCCACUCUCGCUGCCAGCCAAGGUAAACACCAGCCCGCUCAGCCGAUCGAAGUGCCACCCGCAACCCCACCCAUCCACAAAAUCAAGCACAGAUUCCGCGAAAGUCCUGCCUCCCUCAUGAAGCGAGCUUAUAUCAUUGAGCAAAGACUCGCCCGGGUCGCGACAACGGCCCGCUCGCUUCUCUUCCAAGCCUACGGCCCUCGCGGCAUCAGGCCGAUUUCCGGGCGGAAGAAAUUUUACGCCUCUGAACGUGGUGGCAGGGUAGCUGCCAAACGAGCAGGGAUCAUGUGGGCUGGUCUUGGGGUAAAAGGGAUGACGGACGCCGAGCUGAGUGCGAAAUUCCAAAGCUUCGUGCGCCAGAGGAAGAACAGGGUCUAUUACUUUAGACAGCGCAAAGAGAGGAAGAUGAUGCUGAAAUGGAGGCAACGGCGGACGAAGAGAAGGGCGGUGGUGAGGAGAUCGGCAGAGUACAUUAUGCUCAGGAGAAUGAGGUCGGAGAGGGUGAGGCGGGUGCAGCAGCCUGGUGUGACGCGUAUCCGCACCUACCUCAGUACAUCCCCGGGCUUGAGAGGCUCGGUGCGGUCGAGUCCGAGACGGUGGGCGAACAGCAAGAGGACGGAACAUAAGAGGAGGGAUGCUGCAAAGCAGCUCGAAGAUUUGGCUAGGUCCUGGCUUGGUGGCUAG